AUGGCAUGGGGAGAGGACUUAUCCCUGGCAGAAGAGAUCCCUUGUUCAAAGUAUCAAGUGGCUUUCAAUCACUCAUGCUACGAAUUUGUGAGACUCCAACGCACGUUCACAAGUGCCCAGAGCUGGUGUGAGAGAGGAGGUGGGCAUCUGGCCUUUAUUGGAAAUGAAGGGACUCAAACAUUCUUGGAGGAACACAUCUCUGAGGACAAGGAGUGGUGGAUCGGAAUAACCUACACCUCUUCCAAUGAAACCAAUGAAGGAUCUAUGAUUUGGCUAGAUACUUCGAACCUCACCUACACCAAGUGGUUCCAAGAUCCACCCUCAGUCUUUGCCUCGUCCUGUGGCUAUAUCCUGAAGAAUGCUGACUACCAGUGGGGAGUAACUGAGAAUUGUAGCCAGGAGUUUGACUUUAUUUGUGAAUUUGAAUCAGGCCACAGCAUUGCUUGUGACAACUCGAAUGCCACUGUGCAGUGUGGAUCAGGAGAAGUCAUUCAAAUCGGAGAGAGUUUCUAUGGGAGGAAAACUCCUCACUACUGUCUCCUCGAGACGCCCCUGCAGUUUGACGAUGAAGAAGAGUGCAGUUGGAUUAGCGUGAAAGACGAAGUUGCAGGGCAAUGUCACGGGCUCCAGGCAUGCCAAGUUGCAGCGGAUGGAACUUUUUUCGGAGAGCCUUGUCCAGGUUUAGGAAGCUACCUCUCCGUCCAAUACCAUUGCAUGGAAGGCUUGAGCUUGGCGGUGACCGAAACCACGUUUGUGUUGGAAAAUGUCACCAUUUCCUUGAAAUGGCUGCUCUCACCAUACACUGGAAACCUCUCCUGCAUAAUCACCACUGGAGAUGGAAACAGUGUGGAUCCCUACUACCCUUCAAGCUUGCAUAGCAAUGUGACUCAUUGUUACAUCGAACCAGGCAAGUUCACAGUUUUUGUGGAGUGCACUACAAGUGAGUGGCACGUGACGGCUCAAAAACUCAUCACUGUUCGAGAUAAAAUGGAUAAACUCACCGUGACCGGGUGCUUCAGCAAAUAUGAAGUGGGGAACAGCUCUCAUUGCAGGGGCCUUUAUGAGGAAUCCUUGUGGAUUCAAGUAGAACUUAAUGGAGGGACUGGAGUAACCUAUACUGUAUUAAGUGAUAACAAGACUGUGAUGGAGACCAGCACGAAAAUAGGAACUGUCCCUCAUAAUCUGACCUUGGAUGGAGUCCUUCAACGGCUGAUUGGCCCCGGGGUCCAUUCCCUGGAAAUAGUUGCCACCAGCAACACCACAGAUUCAGAGGUCAUAGAAAUCCUGACUGUUCAUUUAGUAGAGCCGAUUUCUGGUCUCCAAGCCAUGUUAACCUCCGACUCCUUAGAAUUAGGAGAAGACCUGGAAAUCAAGGUCUCUGUACGUCGUGGCACCCCUGAAAAAGCGAGAUUUGAAGUGACGGGGAUGAAUGAAACAUUUUCUCACUCGAAAGACUUCGUUGAAGGGAAGUCUGAAAUUUAUACAAUCCCAAUGAAUUCUGAAGGUACUUUUCUGGUCAAAGUGUUCGUGAUGAACGCCUUCUCAAACAUGAGUGUUGAUGUUGGAACUGUCACGGUGUCUAACAGCUCUCACAAAAAAGAUCCUGUAGCGAACGAAGAAAAAUCCAGCACAAAUGGGAAAAGAAGACUUGAUGACAAGGGGAAAAAUAGGAUCUACAUUUCACCCAGCCGCCAUGCCAGUGUCUUUGCAACAAUUAUCUUGGGUUGGCCUGAGACUGACAGCAACAAUUCACUCUACAGUUGGUCUUGUGGGUUCUGCUGGCCUCAGUGGGAUGAAUGUGUGCAGCAACAAUCUAUCGACACUGCACAAAGAGAGAUCCGGAUACCACCCAACUGCUUGCCUCCUCCCAGCUCUGCAGUGACAGUGAAGGUUGUGGUGAAAACCCCAGAGAAAGAGGAGAAGCAGGAUGAACAAUGUUUGUACGUCACAGCAAAGCGAGAUUUGAGCCUGAGGAUCAGUUGUGAGAGGAAUUGCAAUCCUGUGAAUAUCAGUGAAGAUGUUAUCCUUAAAGUUUCAAUGAGGGAAGAUGCAAAGCCUGUACUUUACAAGUGGUAUUUAGACCACUCCUUUGGAAGAAAGUCUAAUCUGCUUCCUCCAGGAUGCAACUUAAAUGGUUUCCCACAAAGCUCACUCACUUUUCUUCAGAAUGAUACUGAAGUUCUUGUCCUGAACAGCUCGUUCUUGCAAUCACAUGGCGAAGCCUUUCAAAUCAGAGCAACAGUUGUGACUGAGAACAAAUAUGGAGAAGAAACCUACAUUGUCAGCUCAGUGCCUCCUCCGGUAGCUCCAGAAUGUUCUGUUUCUCCUCCUCAAGGAUCAGUACUCAACAGCUUCUCCAUCUCCUGCCAGUCUUCCUGCCUGUUGGGCCAGUGCCUCCGAACUGACAGCUCUUCAUUCACAUAUUGCUUCUACCUGGAACCAAAUUCUCUCCUUCACUGUGGGCAAGAUCCAGCCCUACCCUUGGUCUACCUUCCAUUGGGAGAAGAAGACAACGACUUUGUUCUACAGAUUAAAAUUUCAGUGACCAAUAAUUAUGGCCAUAUUGUUUAUUCAAAUGCCACCGUAAGGGUUCAACCUGAAGAUCUAAACAGUGGGAACCAAACUUUGCAGGCCAUGAUUUUGGAAAAAUCAAACAGCAUCCUGAGAGGAGAGAAUAACAGCAUGUCCCUCUUUCAGCUGUAUAAGUCGGUUUCUUCUGUUCUUAACCAAGACACGAAAGAAGCCACUUUUAAUUCAUCUCUGCAGACAGAUACGCGGAAAGAGCUUAGAGAACUAAUGCUGACAACCCUCUCCGUGGUUAAUGUCACAUCGAUGCAGACGGCCCUCAAAAUGUCAGAAGUCCUCAAGGAAAUAACAUACAGGAGCGAAGAGCUCUCUUCUUCUGCACAGGUGGAAGCUAGUCACACUCUGAAGAGUGUUAGUGAAUCCUUACUGAUGGUGGACACAGAAGAUGGAGAAGAUCAUCUAAAGCGCAAGGAAGCUGCCAGCUAUCUUUUCAGUGCAGUAAGCAACGUCCUGGAAGCUACUGUGCAGAAUGGAACAGAAGAAGCCUCUGUCUCCGAAAUGGCACAGAAUUCAGUUUCGCAAGAACUCAUAACCACAGUUGAAAAUCUUCAGAGUGCUCUCCUUUUUGGAAAAUUGCCCGACAACGAGCCUUUGGUGCUAACAGCUCCUUCUGCAGCUAUGUAUAUCAACAGGUUGCAGACCGAGAAUGUCAACAGCACAGCGAUUAAAAUCUCCAACUCCAGUUCCGCUUCUUUCACGCUCCCUUCUGCUUCUUCUCUCAGCAUCUCUGGAGACAGCGAUGAGACGGUGGACAUUAGGAUGGUGAGCUUCUCAGUGAAUCCCUUUUCCUCAAGUGACUCAUUUGAUAUCAAUGGAGCUGUUGGAGGACUGACUCUCACCAGCCUAGAUGGACUGGUCAUUCCAGUGUAUGACCUGUCAGAAGAUAUUGAGAUAAGGUUACCCAGGAGCCCUGCAACUCAAGAGGACAAGAAUAUAUUGAACCUGGGAAAUCUCACAGCUGUCCAAGUCAAUGUGACUUCAGCAGACUCCUCUCUGGUGAUUUACCUGGAGAUGGAUCAAAAUAUUCCACUUAUCCUUUAUUUGGGAUAUGAUUAUCUUCCCAACGAGACUGAUCAUGAACUUAUGGCACGUCUUCCUCACAACAGAAAUACCAGAGAUGAGGUAUAUUCCUGGGUACUUCACUCAGAAGAUCUGAUAUUUGGAGAAGGAAUGUAUUAUUUUGUAGUGAGACCAGACACAGAACUAGACAUCCUUGCUUCCAAUGAAAUGAAUAUCUCCGUCACUUGCUUUGUGUCCCAAUGCGUAUUCUGGGAUGAGCACCAAAAGAGUUGGAAUAGCUAUGGAUGCCGCGUUGGUCCCAAAUCUACUCCUGCGGAUACUCAGUGUCUCUGUAACCACCUGACCUUCUUUGGUAGCUCUUUCUUUGUCAUGCCAAACAGCAUUGAUGUCAGCAAAACUGUGGAGCUGUUUGCCACUUUUGUGGACAACCCUGUUGUGGUGACGACAGUAGGCUGCAUCUUCCUCGUCUACCUUCUGGUUCUGAUCUGGGCCAGAAGAAAAGACAUCCAAGAUGAUGCCAAAGUGAAGAUAACCCUCCUAGAAGACAACGAUCCUUUUGCUCAAUAUCGUUAUCUAGUGACGGUUUAUACUGGACAUCGCCGAGGUGCAGCUACGACCUCUAAGGUGACUCUCACCUUGUACGGCCAGGAAGGAGAGAGUGAGCCGCAUCAUUUGAUGGACCCCGACACCCCAGUUUUUGAGCGAGGGGGUGUGGAUAUCUUUCUCUUAUGCACCCUCUUUCCUCUUGGGGAACUACAGAGUAUCAGACUGUGGCAUGACAAUUCAGGAACGAGCCCUGCCUGGUAUGUGAAUCGUGUUCUCGUCCAUGAUGUGGCCACUGAUCAGAAGUGGUAUUUUCUUUGUAACUCUUGGCUGGCCAUUGACGUUGGAGAUUGCGUCCUAGAUAAAGUCUUCCCUGUGGCCACUGAACAAGACAUGAAGCAGUUCAGCAAUCUCUUUUUCAUGAAGACCUCCAAAGGUUUCCGCGACAGCCAUAUCUGGUACUCCAUUUUCAACCGUUGUCCACGCAGCUCUUUUACACGAGCCCAGAGAGUGUCUUGUUGCUUCUCGCUUCUUCUGUGCACUAUGUUGACCAGCAUCAUGUUUUGGGGAGUGCCCAAGGAUCCAGCAGACCAAAAAAUGGAUUUAGGCAAGAUAGAGUUCACGUGGCAAGAAGUGAUGAUUGGUUUUGAAAGUUCCAUCCUGAUGUUCCCCAUCAACUUGCUCAUUGUCCAGAUCUUCAGGAAUAUUCGUUCUCAGUUUAAGAAAGAACAGAAACCAGGGAAAAGUGGGCGUGUAUCCCCUGACUUGCCUUCUCUUCCCCAACAACCUCCCUCAAAUGUGUCCCUCACCGCUGAGGCUGUGAUCAAGGAUAUUAGGCGGAUUGCCAAUUCCCUGUUCAAAACCUUGAAGGCUCCUUUACCUUCCUCGGAUCCAGAUUUUAGUAAAUCGACCGAUAUCAACAAACUGCUGGCCUUGGUGGAGGACAUUAUCUGUCAGCAGAACAGGGUGGGAGAGGAAUUUUACGAUGAGAGCAAAAAGAAAGAUGACCCCAUUAUCAUUAGUCUCGGGCUGGUGGAUCUAGAAGGUAAGAACUCACCAACUCCAACCCUUCCUGGAGAUAACAAGAAAGAAUUGACAUCUAAAGGUUUACCUUGGUGGUUCGUAUUUGUCGGCUGGUUCCUGGUGGUCCUGACCAGUGGAGUCUCUGGUUUUUUCACCAUGCUGUAUGGACUGCAUUAUGGCAAGGAUAAUUCCAUCAAGUGGCUGAUUUCCAUGGCCAUCUCUUUCUUUGAGAGCCUCUUCAUCACCCAGCCAUUAAAGGUUCUUGGGUUUGCUGCUUUCUUUGCUCUGGUUCUGAAAAAGGUAGAAGAGGAAGAUGAGGAGAACGCAUCUAUUAACGGCCCUUUGUCGGUCACAGGUGAUCUAACUCCUAUCUUUGGGGUGAGCAGAGAUAGUGGAAAUAACAUCUACCAGCCUCCUCCCGCUACCGACAUUGAGAAAAUGAAGAGGGACCAUAUCAAGGAGCAGAAAGCCUUUGCCCUGAUCCGGGAAAUAUUGGCCUACCUGGGAUUCUUAUGGAUGUUGCUCCUGGUAGCCUACGGACAGCGUGAUCCAAACUCCUAUUAUCUCAACAAACAUAUUGAGAACAGUUUCACAGAAGGAUUUGAAGAGGUUUUAAGUUAUCAGGACUUCUUCAAGUGGGCUAGAACCAUCUUAAUCAGCAACUUAUACGGGCCCUAUGAAGGUUUCAUCACAGAUGGCAACUCCAAACUGGUGGGGAGUGCUCGGAUUCGGCAAGUGAGAGUCAAGGGCAAUUCCUGCCCCAUUGAUCCAAGUUUAAAUAGGACAGUCAGAGAGUGCCGCGCCGCCUAUUCCUUUGACACAGAGGAUAUGGGAGAUUAUGGCGUCAACUGGAAUGGCUCUUUCUUGGACAACUCUUCAGAGUUCUAUUCAGCUUGGCAAUAUCAGAGCCAGGCAAGGCUGAGAGGACACCCCAUCUGGGGCAAACUGGCUGUUUACAGAGGGGGAGGCUAUCUUGUUCACCUGGGGAUGGAUUCCACCAAUGCCUCCAGAAUUCUCCAAUACUUGUUCGAUAACACCUGGCUGGAUAGCUUUACGAGAGCUUUGUUUGUCGAGUUCACCGUCUACAAUGCAAAUGUGAACCUGUUCUGCAUCGUGAGCCUGAUGUUUGAAACCAACGCCUUAGGAGCUUUCUUUCCACGGGCAGAAUUGCAAAGUAUACGCCUUUAUCCAUACACCGAUGGUCUGCAUAUCUUUGUUGUUGCAGCAGAAAUAAUUUAUUUCCUCUUUGUUAUAUACUACAUGGUGGAGCAGGGAAAAAUCCUGCGGGCUCUGAAAUGGAAUUACUUCCACAGCAAAUGGAACCUCCUGGAGUUGGCCAUCAUCUUGAUCAGCUGGAGUGCCCUGUCCGUUUUCGUUCGCCGGAUGAUCUUGGGCUUAAGGGACAUCUGUUACUACCAGGAACAUAAGGAUGAGUUUGUGAGCUUCAAUCAAACCGCUACGGUGGAUGCAGUGUUGGGCUACCUGAUUGCAUUCCUGGUGCUUCUUUCCACUGUGAAACUUUGGCACCUAUUGAGGCUCAACCCCAAGUUGAACAUGAUCACCUCCACCUUGCGGAGAGCCUGGGGGGACAUAUCAGGAUUUGCCACCGUGAUUAUUAUCAUGUUCCUAGCUUAUUCCAUUGCUACAAAUCUAAUAUAUGGCUGGAAACUGAAUUCAUACAAGACUCUGUUUGAUUCUGCUGAGACUAUGGUCAGCCUUCAGUUAGGAAUCUUCAACUAUGAAGAGGUCUUGGAUUACAAUCCUAUCUUGGGGUCCUUCUUAAUCGGUUCCUGCAUAAUCUUUAUGACAUUUGUGGUCUUGAACCUGUUCAUUUCUGUCAUCCUGGUGGCUUUUAGUGAGGAGCAGAAACAUUAUCAGGCUUCAGAAGAAGAAGAGAUAGUAGACCUCAUGAUGAAGAAAAUGUGCAGUUUUCUUGGAAUUAAAUAUAAAAAUGACCAAACUCCAGUUUGUGGCAAGCAUCUGCAAGCAUCUGGGAAUGACAUCUGAUGACUCAGCCAAGAUUUUACUUCUCCUGUGAAUUUGUAGCUGUUGUAUUACUUGUAAAUGUUGUGAUUUUGGGGUUUGUGAAAUGCUGUGGUAGAAAACGUGAGCUCAUUUUUAGGAAUCAAAAGCUUCAUUUGAUCUCCAAUAAUUGAAUGUGGUUUCUCACUAUAGAUAUAGAAAUACUUUAAGCUA